AUGGAUCAUGGGGUGGGCUGGUACGUGAAUAAAGACAUCGAGCCAUCCAGGUGUAAGCAGUUUGCAGGUCUCCCACAUCAUCAUAUCCAUCCUCAUACCCUCUGCUCAAACAUGGCGGAGUGGCGGCAAGGCGGCACAGAGAUGUCACUAGCCCCGAUGGCCCAGCUGCGGGAUGCGAGAUGCCCCGAGGACGACUGGACUGGGCUUCGAGAUCGAGCUGAGAGGCGGAGGAGACAGAACCGGCUCAACGUCAGAGCCCACCGCAGACGGAAAGCGGCAGGCUCGCAAAGCACGUCCGGAUGUCCUGAGGGCAUUGUCUCCCUCACGCCGUCGGGACAUACCGACGCCCGCCGGAUGACAGAACAAAGCGCCAAGUCUGCUUCCGUGAUAAUCACCACGCCAGCAACCGCUUCAGGACCUCGUCUCCCUAUGCUGUACAAUGCGGACAGAAGCUCUACACCACCGGGCUUCGCCUUCCCUUUAUCCCGAGACCACCUCAUCACCAUCAUCGAGCUCAACGUGUACCGCGCCUCCCUGACGAACGUCUACAUCCUCGGGGCGUACAGCCUCCUCUGCAACGCGGCCUGCGGCUACGCGGCAGACAAUUCCGAGCCCCCCUUGUUCCCGUGGACCGGCUAUCAGCCGUCCGGGAACAUCCCGGACUCCCUCCGGCCGACACCACUUCAGCAGAGCACCCCUCACGAGGUGUGGAUAGACCUCCUCCCGUCCCCCAGGAUGCGGGACAACGCCAUUGUCGCGGUGGCAGAGGGCAGGCUGCGCCAGGAUGACUUUUGUGCGGACAUCUUGAGGGGUCUCUGCGGGGAGGGCACGGGGCAGGGAGGGACUGCUCGGGGUGGUGAAUAUGCGGGUGAGGCACGGCUGAUCGUCUGGAACGACCCGUGGGACCCGAGCGGUUGGGAGGUCACGGAAGGUUUUCUGCGGAAGUGGGGCUUCCUGGUCCGAGGGGAUGGCCAGGACGACAUAUUGAGGGCGACGAACCGUUGGCGGGCGCUGAGGGGCGAGGAUCCUAUUGUUUUCGAAGUGGAGUGA